GUCGCGAAAACCGAAGCAAUUGUGCCACAAAGUGUUUAUUUUCACACUCAACGCAUUGUAUCGUAGAAACUUAGUGUUUGCGGGCUAAAAUUUACCUUUCCGGCGCUUUAUUACUACUUCGUAGCAUCCAGCAAAAUGCCGGCCGAAAACCUGGAAGAGCAGGGUUUGGAGAAAAACCCCAACCUGGAGCUGUCGCAAUGCAAGUUUCUGCUUAGCUUGCCCGAGUUCGCACAGGACAAAAAGCUGUCGGAAAAGUUGCUGGCGGCUAUCAAGGCGGAAAAUAUGGCCCCCUGGUACGAGGAGGUAUGUGCCGACCUCGGUUGGACGGUUGACCAGAAGCUGCUGGCCGAAAUGAAGGAAUCGAACCGGAAGCGGCUGGAGCAGCUAGAUGCGGCCAUCGAUGAUGCGGAAAAGAAUCUCGGCGAGAUGGAGGUCCGCGAGGCGAACCUGCGCAAGUCGGAGUAUCUGUGCCGCAUCGGCGACAAGGAGAAGGCCAUUUCGGCGUUCCGCAAAACGUACGAAAAAACCGUGUCCCUCGGGCACCGGUUGGAUAUUGUGUUCCACAACAUUCGCAUCGGGUUGUUCUACCUGGAUCACGAUCUCAUCACGCGCAACAUCGACAAGGCAAAGUAUCUGAUCGAAGAGGGUGGCGACUGGGAUCGUAGAAACCGCCUGAAGGUGUACCAAGGUGCCUAUUGCAUUGCGAUCCGCGACUUUAAAGCCGCCGCAAACUUUUUCCUCGACACCGUUAGCACUUUCACCAGCUACGAGCUCAUGGAGUACUCGACAUUUGUCCGCUACACGGUGUACGUGGCGAUGAUUAGCCUGCCCAGAAACGAACUGCGUGAUAAAGUAAUCAAGGGAGCAGAAAUCCAGGAGGUACUCCAUCAGACCCCGGAUGUGAAAGAGUAUCUGUUCUCGCUGUACAACUGCCAGUACGCGGACUUCUUCAAGCAUCUGGCCGCGGUCGAAUCGGUCCUGCGCAACGACAUCCUGUUCCAUCCGCACUACCGCUACUACGUCCGGGAGAUGAGAAUUUCCGCUUACACGCAGCUGCUGGAAUCGUACCGCUCGCUAACCCUCCAAUACAUGGCGGACGCAUUCGGGGUCAGCGUGGACUACAUCGAUGCGGAGCUGUCCCGGUUCAUCUCCGCCGGACGGCUGCACUGUCGGGUCGACCGUGUCGGAGGUAUUGUUGAGACCAACCGGCCGGAUAGCAAGAACUGGCAGUAUCAGGCCACCAUCAAACAGGGAGAUAUACUGCUCAACCGCGUGCAGAAACUCAGUCGAGUAAUCAACAUUUAAUCAAGCGGAGAUACGUUUCGUUCGCAAUUAUCCUUUCCUUUGGUUUGUGUACUUUUUGAUCGUAAAAUAGUGCAUACAAAAUAAAAAAUAAAUUUCACAACUCAAAAUGAGCGAUUGUACUUGUAACUCAUCAACAAGAAACAUAGUGGCGUUUUGGUU